CUUGUAAUUUUCCACAACAAAAGUUGGUGAGUUGUUUCAUAAGUUUUGCACAUGGAUGCCCAACCCUGAGCACCUUUUCAGUAGACCCUUCUUCCUUUCCCCUCUCUCCAUCUGUGUCUUAAAACAAUGAGAAGGAACAGCUGGCACAGGCGCACCUGUCGAAUAUCCGCAGGAGCCCUUCCAGGGAAAGCGAGAAAAGAGACACGAAAAGCUGUCUGGUUUGGGGCAGGUGUGUAUAUGCAUUAUAUUCAUGGCUGUGACUUUUGCCUGCCUGCCUGCUUUUGGUCCAGACCUCUUGGACGAGGCGAUGCCGGGCUGGGGGAGGCGAGAAUCCGGCACGGUCCGGGUGGCAGGAAGGGGAGGGCGGAGUUGUCACCUGUGCUCCGCAGCCCAGGUAGGGGAUGGGAGGGAGCCACCUGCAGGGCGGAGCCCGGCCGAGCCCGGCCGCUUCGCCUGCGUGUCGCCUGGCAUUCCUGAAGGGGCUGCGAGUGCGACUCCUGCUCCCGGCCUGGCAGCUCUCCCGGCAUGGCUCUGGAAGGCGGCGGCGGCGGCGGCAGCAGCAGCAGCAGCAGCUCCCUGGAGGCUGCCCUGGCUGAGUGCACAGAAGCACUGAACUGCUUCCUGAAAAACCAGUUCAGUGAGAGCUUGGAGAUGCUGCAACCCAGGGCCAAAGAGAGCAUGUAUCAUGCCUUAAUCCAUGCCACCAUUCUGGAAAUGCAAGCCAUGAUGACCUUUGAGCACGACGACAUUGUUCAUGCUGGACACACUAUGAAAGAGGCACAGGAAAUCUGCCAGAGGUUUCGGAGGAAAAGCACGGUGGCCGGAUCCUUCUCCAGUCGGCUAGGCGGAGAUUCCUGUACUGAAGAGGAGCUGCAUGCAGAAGUGUGCUAUGCAGAAUGCUUGCUGCAUCGGGCUGCCCUCACCUUCCUGCAGGAUGAAAAUAUGGUGAAUUUCAUAAAAGGAGGAAUCAAGGUGCGUAGCAGCUACCUCAUCUACAGGGAGCUCAACAGCUUCAUCCAGCCCAAUCAGUUGCCAUCGAGUUCUCCUUCUCGUGCCCAUCUGGAGGGAGGAGUUGCGCUGGGCAUUGGUGCCUUCAACUUGACGCUCUCCCUUUUCCCACCCCGGAUCCUGAGACUUCUGGAAUUUGCAGGGUUUUCAGGGGACAAGGAUUACGGCCUGCAGCAGCUGCAUCAGGGGGCCACCACAGCCAACCUGCGGGCUUUGCUUUGUACAAUGUUGCUCCUCUGCUACUACACCUUCCUUACCUUCGUCUUAGGGAUUGGUGAAGACAAUUUUACAGAGGCUGAGGCCCUUCUGAGUCCGUACCUCGCCCGCUACCCUAAGAGUGCCAUUUUCUUAUUCUUCGCCGGGAGGAUAGAGGAGAUCAAAGGGAACAUCAAUGAGGCCAUCAAGAAGUUUGAAGAAGGCUGCUCAGCCCAGCAGGCCUGGAAGCAGUUUCACCAUAUGUGCUACUGGGAGCUGAUGUGGUGCUUUGCCUACAAAGGAAUGUGGAAGAUGGCCUACUUCUAUGCGGACCUGCUGAGCAAGGAGAAUCGAUGGUCCAAGGCAAUGUAUGUGUACAUGAAAGCUGCCUUCCUUAGCAUGCUGCCUCCAGAGGAACCGCGGCCUUUUGGUGAGGAUGAGGUUGAGCUCUUCAGGCAAGUUUCCUCCUUCAAGCAGAAGAUCGCAGGGAAGUCUCCACCCACAGAGAAGUUCGCCAUCCGCAAAGCGAGGCGCUACAAAGCGAGCGAACAUGUUCCUCUGCCUGUGCCAGCCCUGGAGAUGAUGUAUAUGUGGAAUGGAUUCACCGUCCUGGGCAAGCGCCAGGAACUGCUCAAGGGGACUCUAGAGACUCUGGCACAGGCUGAGAAGCUGCUACAGAAAGCACCAGCCAGUGAGUACCAGGUGGACGAUCGGUGUCUUGUGCUACUUCUCAAAGGCCUGGUUCUGAAGCACUUGCACAGUUCGGCUGAAGCAGAGGCUUGCUUCAGUGCUGUCCAUGGCAGUGAGAAGAGGAUCCGGUAUGAUCACUACUUGGUACCCAAUGCACUGCUGGAGUUGAGUCUCCUCUAUGUGGCACAAGGCCGUAAUGAAGAGGCUGUGCAGCUGCUUCGUCGGGCGAAGAACAACUACAAGAAUUAUUCAAUGGAGUCACGCACUCUCUUCCGGAUACAUGCUGUAUUGUCCAAACUCAAGGCCUGCCAGGAAGAAAAUGGUGCAGUUGGAGACAGCCCUUCCUAGGGAAUGGUGUGUUUCCUGCCUUCUUUCUCGAAAGAGGAGGUGAACUGUUGCUCUCAGGAGCACCUAGACCAAAGAGGGAACCUGCCAAAGUACAAGGUCUUGGGAUGAUCCCUCCUUCCUCGGGCGGGUGUGUUUGGAAGGAACGUGUUGUCGUCACCUGUUGUGCUGCUUGGCUACCAAUCUAGUGCUUGAUACUUGGUGUGUGGGAAUGGACAAGGCUUUACCCAUCAGAAUUUUGACUUCCAAGACCAGGGAGUAGCUGGGGAAAUAAUUGCUUGCUAAUCAAUGAAGCUGAAAGGAGGACCUCAUCUUCAUUAAUCAGCCUCCUCUCUCAAGGUCCUACAAAUGAAGGUUAAUGUCUCCCCCCUCCUCCAACAAUCAAAUCAAGACUUGGAAAUAACCUGAAGGUGGAGUACCCUCCACCUUCCUUUUUUGGUUUACUAUCUCCUGUUUCGUUGGCAAAUCCUAAUCCCCUUUCCUUCUUGGUCCCUGAUCUUUAACUCAGCAAGCCACAGCACCCUGGAACCUGCAUCCGGUGGCCUUUCAUUUCACAUUGGUGUUGAACCUGAAAGUUUCAGUCGCCUAGCCAAGACUUCCAACUUUGGCUUAGAAACUGGGUUUAUCUCAACAUUCUGCUGUGGCCUUCUCGUUUUCAAAAGUGCAAACAACUUUUUGGUACUGAUUUGAUCAUUCUCCAUUUAAGGACAGUUUUCAAAUGUUGGAAAGGAAUAAGGAGGUGAUUUUAGCAGUUUCUUGAAUUAGGGUAUCAGCCAGUCAUUCAUGUCCUACACGAGGGUGGGUAAAUAUUUUAAGUGAAACCACCUCUAAGUAAUAACUGGACUGUUUACUUUGGAAACAGCUGCGGGGCAAUGCGAUCUCUUCUAUCAUUCAAGUUUCACUGCUGCCCAUGUGUUUAUGUUCAUUGCUGAUCAUGCUGGUUAAAAGCAGCUGAUGGGCCUACCAUCUGAAA